GUUAUAUGGUCAAAUAUGACAGCUUCUGCUGCAGAUCUGAUUAAGUUGUGAUUUUUGGCUUUUCUUUUUUUUCUGUUUUUUACAAACAUUCCUGUCGCCAUGAAUGAAGGAAAAGCAAGACAACUGAAAUGGGAAUGGGUUUGUCAAGUUCCCAAAAGGACACUCGUUAAACAUCACAUGAUCCCUCAGGAAACGGUGGACCAUCCUCUUAAAUUUCAGUCUUCUGCAAUUGUUAAUCGAGGUCUUAAAAAAACCUCUGACUCUUCUUCAAAGGAUCUUAAACCAGUUCUCAAUGAUCCCUUACUUAAUGCAGUAGACGAUGUAGACCCUUUAACAGCCUUGGCAGCAGAACAGAAUUGGUACGAUAUGGAGGAAAAGCCGGAAAAAAAUAAAAAAUCCAACUCUAUGAAUGGCUGGAAUGAACAGUGCCAUGAGAUUUUAAAUAAAUACAUAACAACAAAAAAACUUUCCAUGGCCACAGGAAUAAUAUCUAUGAUGGAUAAAAGGGGAAAAGUGCCUAACGCUGCAAGAGAUGCACUAAAAAAUCAGCCGAAUCUAGGAAUGAAAAACAGACUCGAACAGUUGGACGAUUUGGAAGAAGUCGAUUCCAAAGAGAUGUCUCUUCUCACGCAACAAGAGUACAUUGAUAACAUUAACGAUUUGAAGAAUGAAAUCGUGCAAGCCUGGCAGCAGCAUUUUAGGGUUAAAGCCCUCAAAAUUACAAUUCAGUGCUCAAAAUUAUUAGUCGAUACAAGCGUCGUUCAGUUUUACCCAAACAAAUUUGUUUUAAUAACUAACACUCUGGACACCUUUGGUAAUCUUGUGUACGAGAGGCUUUGGAACAAAUCUGAAAAUCAACAGGAAAUUGGAUCGUCUUCAGAAAGUGUCUCCUCAACUACAGUGACGGAGUCAACGAAAGAGACUUGCCGUAAUUGGUUUUAUAAGAUCGCCUCUAUUAGAGAGUUGAUUCCUAGAUUGUACGUUGAAGCAGCCAUACUUAAAUCCUAUUGCUUUCUCAGUGAUAAUGAGUUUUCCAGUUCUCUUAAAAGACUGAUGAUGAUGACAAGAGGCAUCGGGGAUCCCCUCGUGUCAAUAUAUGCCAGAUGUUACCUGUGUAAAAUAGGGAUUUCAUCGAAUAACAUCAAUAGGAAACUCAUGAGGGAAAAUUUCAUGGAUUUCUUACAAAUGUACUGUCAGUUAUUUAGUACGACUGCAUUGAAUGAAGUCAGUAAGCAAAAAAUAGACAUGCCAACAUACCUCAACUCAUUCAUCCCAGCGAUCGAUUGGAUGCUGAAUGCUGCGAUUCGCAACAUUGAUGAGCCUGAACUUGAUGAGCUGGUCGAUAGCUGUUGCAAAAUGCUCAAUAAAGGUCUUCUGUUAAACUCAAUUUUGAGAACAUGUGAUGCUUCUUAUAUAGCAAAACGAGAGUCGUUUUUUAUGCAGCAGAUCACUUCAAGCACUGAUGACUUUUUUCCAUUCCAUAUUACUUUGAAGUGUAUGGGAGAAAAGUUACGUGGUAAAAUUGUUUCAAAUCCUGAGACUAUUUUUGAAGAUGCUUGGAAACUUAUAUCCCAGCUUUCCAAUUCAAACACAUAUUUUUCAUGCAUUUUAGCAUGGAAUUACUUUAUUGUCAAGUUCUGUUCACUUACCAAACUCAAUUCAUUGUUGGAAGAUAUAAUAAGCCAUUUUGGAACUGGGUCAAAAGCUCAUUGCCCCCUUUUGCAUGAAAUCAUCAUGUCUAUCGUGGAAAAUAUACCCAACUUGGAAGUUUUGUUUACCCUAGACAAAUUCCUACCGCUUCUUGAUCUCUUUGGAAAUGAUGAUCUUAAGAUCGUAACAUCGAAGAAAAUCCUUGAUUUGUUUGCAGCUAUGCCUAACAAAUUUAAAAUUACUGAUCCUGUUACAACCGAUGCUUUGAUAUUUUUGGCCAAAAUCCUCCAUGACUCUAUUAAUAUACUUUCAGUUGAUGAUGAAAAGCGUCAGAUUGGAAAUUUGAUUUCCCAGAUUAUAAUGAAAAUCGACUUUGGCAUGAAAAUGGAGUCUCAGCUUAGUUUUUACGUUGAAGCAAGGGCUACGUUUACCAACUUGGACACAGUUGUCGUCACACUUAUUCAUAGUGUUAAUAAAUUGGCGAUGGAAAUGGGUAAAAAAGUCAAAAGCCAUCAUACGAGGAAAACAGCUUCGUUCGUCCAUGCCUGUGCGGCUUAUUCCUUCAUAACGAUACCGUCAAUAAGAUCAGAAAUAACCAAGUUGCAGCUUUAUUUACUCACAGCUCAAAUAGCCCUUUUCAACCAGUGCCUUGGCCAAGCUGAUGCUUGUAUAAAAAGUGCGCUUUCUUUAAUACUGGAGCUGCCGCAGAAUGUUGAAGAAGUUGACGGCAAGAGUAAAUCAAAUGAACCCUUUCUUCAAGAAUAUGUUCAGAACAUGUUAUCCACACUUAUUAUUUUGCCUGUGUUUCUCAAGGCUACAGUAUAUCUGCCUCCCUCUUUUGUUGUUAUCGUAAAAUAUUGCGCUUAUCACCUCUUUGCGUACGAUUUCCAAAUCUAUAUCUCAUUUUACCUCAUGAGCUUCAAAUCUUAUUACACAACUCCAAGAAGACAUAAAUACCAUCAGCUUCUGAGCUGUUGAAAAUGGUCUCUCUCUAUUUCUAUCUAUCUUUCUCUUUCUCAAUGUCAAUAAGUCCCAGGCUAUAGUUCUUGGAUUCCAUCCCCUACUCCAGUCCUUAUCUCCUGCUCUGCAUUAACAACCAUACAAUAUUUGUUUAUCCACUGUCUAAAACUUAGGGAUUGUCCUUAACUCAAUCCUGGAAACCCCAUGUUUCUCAAAUCUCAUCCCUUUGUCCAUAACAUGCAAGCAAACUCUUCCUGACCAUCACCCGCAAACUCCUAGUCUCCUACCGUUGCUUCCCUAUUUUGCUGGUCUAUGAUGGACUCACCAGCAAGCUUUUUACAGACUCGAGAGAAUGACUUCUUUCCUUAGUUCAUAUCUAGUUCCCCAAUGAGAUCUGUCUAAUAUUUAUCAUGGUUUGAAAUGAUUCCCUCCUAUCGCAGGCUAUACUCCUCUCUCUAACAAACAAUUUCUUCCCAUUAUCCUUCCUAUAUUUAUAAUCUGUUAGCAUUUAAAUCUUCCUCACACAUUUGCCACACUCUGGUGGUUGGUUCUCACCCUUCUGAUCUCUACCGCCUUUUAGUCUCUCCUUCCUUAUCCGUUCCUACAACCUCUGGAAUUCCCUCCCUCAUUCCAUUUGCCUUGCCUCAACUCUUUCCAUCUUUAAGUCCUGUCUUUUUUUAUUUCUUCCCCUACUCCAAUAAUGGUGAUUAACUUACUUUUGUUUUGGCAUGUUUAAUUUCUGUCAAUUCCCCCCCUCUUAUUUAAUUUAUUUUUAUGCUAUUACAUUUAAAUAUUUUGAUUCAUUUUGAAGGGGAUAGUGAAAAUUUUUUGUACUUUUUUGUUAUUCAAGGAAGCUCAAAGACCCCAGAAUAAAAUUUAUUUUCUUCUUCUAUAUCAAUUUAUCAUGUGAUGGAAUAUUUUUAUUAUUUUUUGGGUUUAAUGCAGGUACGCUCUUUUUAAGGCUAUCAGACAAAAACAUCAAUCUAUUAAUAAAACUCACUUAUAUAAAACUAUCCCUAUAAAUUAAUAAUAUAAAAACCAUUAAAUACAAAUUUUAAAAAUUACUAGAAUCCAUGAAACUUUUGAAAGUUUUAUUAUUAAUUUUAACCUACAGUACAUUACUUACUAGGAAAAACUGAAUUAUUAGUGAUAUUUCUUGUCAGCAGAAUGGACCUGUAGUUUAGUUGAUUUCAAUUCUGUUCUGCCUGUACUCACUUGUUGCCAGUUUGUUGGAAACUUAAAAAUAACAUACGCAGAGGUUAAUAAAGUACAUCUGACAUGCCAAAAUGGCGAGGACAGGCAGACCAGCACGAAUGGAAAUGGCCAAACUACAAAACUGAUUAAUCCGUUGUU